UUUUCAAAAUGCCGGCUAGCCGUGAUAACGAGCUGCCGUGUUGCUAACACUGGCCGGUCGUGCAACGCAUCCAGCAUUAGUGUGCACAGAGCACAAGCUCAACCACAACAUGUUUACGUAAUAUGAGGGCCACCUCGGCGUGUACAUACCAUGCGAAUCUGAACUUGGGUGCACGAUGCUGAUCCGCCGUGUUGAAGGUGCUUCAAAUAAAGGAAAAUAUUCACGCCGGUGCUUUUCAGGAUUCUUCGUCACACGUUGGGGGCGUGGUUUUCUGACACUCCGCGUUGCUAUUUGCUGAGCGCGAAAUUUCAAAUGUUGUAGGAACAACAGCAGCGGCAGCUCGGAGGAGACAACACAACACAAACCUAACGAUGCAAGUUAUCUGCUGAAAUUUGUGUGUAAAGUUAACAAACCAUCCAAUAAAAAUACAUUAAUUGGAGCGAGCUUUCUGUUUGCGAUUAUAAAGGGCUUUUUAAAACUCAAAUCGAAAUGGAUAUCGCCACGUAUUUACAGUGUUUUGAAAGCAGUUUGAGCUCAUACACGGGAGACGACCCGCUGGAUCCAUGGGACAAGUUUGUGGAGUAUCUGGAGCAAAGGUUACCCGCAGACGCUGGCGGUGGGAUGUCAGCGGUGUUUGACAGUCUUGUACAGAGAUUUUUGAAUGUCGAACAAUAUGCAAAUGACAUCAGAUAUGUGAACUACUGCAUCAAAUGUGCGAGUUAUUAUUCCGAACCCAUAGCUCUGUAUAGUCACAUCUUCAGUAAGGGCAUUGGCACGAGGACUGCCGCGCUCUAUGUGGCCUGGGCACAGCAGUUUGAACAGAGGGGCAUGAAUGACCAGGCUGAUGCCGUUUACCAGAAAGCAAUGGAGAACCAAGCGCUGCCAGUCGACACUAUUCUCCACGAAUACAGGCAGUUUCAAACAAGAACCAGAAGCCAGACACCAGGACCCGCAGGAGGUCGAAAUCCAUUGCAGAACUCCCAUUUAACCAAUCAGAUAUCAUCCCACAGAGAGCCAGUCACUCAGAGCAAGGCCUCUGUGGAUUGUGUAUCCAAACCACCUGCAAAUAAAACAACCGUGAUCGUCUCCCGCUCUGAGACUUCGGGGGCGAUUCCCUCUAAUCAAGGCUCCGGCGUUCCGACUGUGGCAGAGUACAUGAAGGAUGAACUCAUCUGUGAGGGAUCUGAAUUAUGCUUUGAGGAGGUCCGGGCAGAGAAAUACUUCCGUGAGCUCCGGGAGAGGCAGGAAAAGGAGAACAGAGAGAACAUGGAGAAGUUGCUGAGGGAGCAGGAGGAGGGCAUCCUGAGAAUUAAAUCUAUGUUGGAGAAAGUUAAUCACAAUCUGGAAGUCUGUGGCGGUGUAACCAUCCAGCCUUCAUCACAGAGGCUGUCUGUUGUUGAGGCAGCCGCCGGCCUGGAUCCUGCUCAGCAGUCCUUUGGACGUCCUCUGCCCUCGAACCGUCUGAGCAGCAGACGCUCUCUUGGCGUGACAUUACACGCUGAGCCCACCGCCAUCCCUGAACCCCCUCAGCAGCAGAACCACUCCAGGCCCGUUGACACACAAAGUCUGAGCUCAGCGGCGUCUCGUCAUCCCGCCGUCCUGGCCGACGGCAGCCUUCGUUUACCAAAAUCGGCGCCUACUUCAGUGUCCACAGACCAAGCAUCUCUCGCCCAGACCUCGGCGGUUCAGCUGCCCGCAAGCUUCGAGCAGAUGAACCUGUCACUCCGCAGACCCGCCUGUACCUCAGCUCUGAACACCGAUGUUCCCUGCCAGGACCCUCCAGUUCAGCCCAGCAGCUGGGAGUGCUUUCAGCUCCAGGAGCACAACGCCACACAUCAGGAGGUCAGUCAGCCUCCAGAGUCUGAGGAGAAACUCAAUGUGUCACAGGGGGGCACGGUUAACCUGUCUCACUUCACCCCUAACAAUUCACUGGGCUUUGUUCAGGCCACACCAUCAAGGGUGCUGCCAUCACCCACUGUCAACACACGGGAAGCACUGGAUGUUAUCAUGGACAUGUUCCAGGCUCCGACUCUCUUGGAAGAUCCAUUCAACAACACAUCAGUGCUCCACACCGCUGAGAAGGAGUUUGAUGCCGGAUACCAAAGAAACGGGGCCGCCUGCUCGUUAACAAAUCCUCCCACGAUUGCCCCGUUCACCAUCUUCCAGGACGACAGUGACAAGGAAAACGGCAGUGCCGCUGCUCCCUCUGCAGUUGAGAAGCCUAAGCCGAUCAGAGCACUGGCUGAAAUCCCGGUGUCUAAGCCAGAAAAACCUAAUGACACUCCCCCGGAUCUGAUGCCGGAUGAGAGCACCAUGUGGGGAGCCCGCUACAACUCCCUCAACUCUCUGCACGCUUGUCCCAACAGCACCACAGACUUCGCCAUGUUGGCCCAGUUUGUCUCCACUCCGUUCACACACAAAACCCCCUUCACCGGCAACUUUUACCAGGACCAAGAGAACAACUGUGAUGGCGGUGAUGCCGAUGACAAUGCUUUUAUCAGACGUCAGCCCAAAAAACUCAGCCCCAUCAUAGAGCAGAGUCCGUCGGAUGAGAAGUUCUCUGAAACGGCCAUCAGUCGACUUGUUCCUUCCUCGGUAAGACAGGGCACCAUCGUCGGUGAGGGCCUCGCCGCCGGCCAGCACUGCCUGACCGCCUCCUCCAUCACCAUGGUGCAGCCUCCCCCACCCGCCGUGCUCUCCUUCAGGGACCAGACGCUCUGUACGACCGACUCCUCCAUCCCCAGGACCACAGGACCCGGCUGGGAAGUGUACACGAGCCCAGAGCAGCCUCACAAACAAACCUCUCUGAUCUCACAGAACCCUGACAGUUCACUCAGACCCAGAAGCGAACCUUUUAAGAUCAUCGAGGAUUUAGACAAACCCGCCAGUCCAGAACAGGCCCAGAAACCAGCCUACGAUGUUCCCAUGAGCCCGGAGUGCGCGCUCAAACCGGACUGGAUGGGCAUCGGGAGCCCUGUGGUCACAGUUGAGCCAGAUCUGGAUGCCUUCCUGAGUCCCCUUCGACACAAGACAGCAGACACUGUUCCCAGCGAGACCCUGGACGUGCCCAUGAGCCCGGUGCGGCCGCAGCUCUGCGCCGACGUGCCCAUGAGCCCGAUGCGGCCACAGCUCUGCGCCGACGUGCCCAUGAGCCCGGUGCAGCCACAGCUCUGGGCCGACGUGCCCAUGAGCCCGGUGCAGCUCCCGCAGUUCAGCACUGCGGAUGAACCCAUGAGUCCAGACAGGGGGCUGACGCCCAGCGCUGACAUGCGCGUGAACACAGCGACACCGAGGAGAGCCGGGACAGGAGGGGUCCAGCUGGUGUUAGAUCCCUGGGAUAAUGAACUGAUCUCUGAUCUGCUGUCAGCGCUCACCCCGCCUCUCAGCUCUCACCCCCACUACAUCACCUGGCAGUGCAGCGUACCCAACAUCACCCCAAAGAUGACUAUCAGCAUGGGAAAGGCUUCCCUGCGAGUCGACUGCGUCCUCGGUGAAGGUGCUUUUGCAACGGUCUACCAGGCCACUGACCCCAUGACCUCAGAGAGGAUGGUUUUAAAGGUUCAGAAGCCAGCCAAUCCCUGGGAGUUUUACAUCAACACUCAGCUCGACGCUCGGCUGCAGCCCGACGUCCGUCGCCUUUACAGCGGCCUCCGCUCUGCCCACCUCUUCCACGACGGGAGCGUGCUGCUCGGGGAGCUUCACAACUACGGCACGCUGCUGAACGCAGUGAACAUGUAUAAAACCCUGAGCGAUAAGGUGAUGCCUCAGCCUCUGGUCAUUUACUUCGCCGUCUGCAUCCUGCACAUGGUGGAGCAGCUGCACGGCGUCCGCAUCAUCCACGCCGACAUCAAACCCGACAACUUUCUGCUGGGAGAGAGGUUCCUGGAGAACAAGUGCUUUGAUGCGGAGAGCGCGGACCACGGCCUCGUCCUCGUCGACCUGGGGCAGAGCAUCGACAUGGAGCUUUUCCCAGAAGGCACUGCUUUCACCGCCAAGUGUUUGACGUCGGGCUUCCAGUGUACCGAGAUGCUCAGUGGGAAACCCUGGAACUAUCAGACAGACUACUUUGGAAUAGCAGGGACUGUGUACUGUAUGCUGUUUGGGACGUACAUGCAAGUCACGAACGAAGGUGGUGUCUGGAAGACAAAUGCUGUAUUUAGACGGAACCCCCACAGCGACUUGUGGCUGGAGUUCUUCCACGCGCUGCUGAACGUGCCGGACGGCGGCCCUCUGCCGAGCCUGCGGGGCCUCCGCCGCAAACUGACGUCCGUCCUGCAGCAGAACUACAGCAGCAGACUGUCCACGCUCAAGAGCCGCCUGGUGGUUCUGCUGCUGGAGAGCCGCAAGGCGACUCGGAAAUGACGGAGCCAGUUCUCCUCCUGUCCCUCGCUCGUUUACUCUGAACCGCUUCACUCCUCACUCUUUUUCCUCCUCUGUUCUCUUUCCAUCUUUUCGUUUUCCUUUCGUUUUCCCUCCGUGUCUCCCCUUCUUUCUACAAACCAGGAAAAAAAAAAAAAACACCUACAACCUCUUGUCCUCCUUUUUAAACUGGUUCAAACUGAUGCACAGAAAUCAGUUAAAUUUUAAUUUUUAAAGGUUUGGUGAAAUGUCAUUGGAGGAGGAUUUGAGCAACUGAUUAAGUUUGAACAGAAUUUGUACAUUUAAAAAAUGUAAUUAUUAUUUAGUUGCUUUUUACAGUUUAAUUUUAUCUGCUUCCAAAUUGUGAGACUUGUGGGAGUGAGAACCAUUUUUCUUAGAAGAAUAAACUUUGUGCUGAAGUGCAAUAAUUAUCUUCUUAUUUUGCUCAAUCGUUGGAGGAUUCAUUGAAGUGAGUCUGCACAGACAUGAGUUCCUGUCUGACUCAACUCCUUUUAUUGAAAAGAGUUUCUUUUUUUCUUUUUUCUUUUCUACUUUGAAGUUAAUUUGGCUACAACUUGUUUGCUUUAGUUUUUUUAUCAACAUUUUCUUAAGAAAACUAUUGGACCGUUGAUCAAACUUUAGAAUUACAAAUAUGAAUUGCUCUGCUCCAUU